AUGCAAGAAGCCCCAGCAGACAGCACCCUUUUCACGAUAACACGGACGGGAAAAGAGUUCCUGAGAUGUCACGUGUUCGUAAGUAUAUAAUAAAAAAAAGGGUCUAAACAUUUACUAUAUCGAAAUUUCAGACCAUACACUCUUCAAAAUUUUUAGUGAACAAGCAAAAAGGUGACAAAGGAUACAAUGAUGAUUUUAUGCCCCACGCUAGUACUAAGACAACAACAUGUUGUUGCGUCUUGAACACACACACAGACGCUAAUCUUACUGACGGAUCUGUUAAUCUGUAUCGCUCACUUGGACAUACAGCAACAAGAGAUUACGAUCUGGCCAUGCUGAUCGUUAUAAGAAGGUGAAUUCUCGAUGAAAUUUUUAUUGAUACUGAUUUCCUUGUAAGUUUAUUAGUUUCAGAGUCAGAAUACUUUCGGAGAAGAAAAGGACUGUUUCGAAAUUCAGUGACAGGUGGUUUUACUCACGUGAUUCAGGCCCAACGCCUUUGCUUAUAGUCUCUGGUAGGUCUACUUAAACAUGCUAUUAAUAGCACUCUUUUAACAGCUGUUUGAAACUGGUCCCCUUUCUAGCAAAAUCCAUACAUUGUGUCUUCAGGAAGCAGACAGAAAUGAUUCAAAGGAAGACACGUAUAAACACAAAUGAAGGAGUUUAUGCACAACAGAUUGCAGUUGGAGUAUUUCAGUGACAAUUCUUUCGGCUAACAACAUUGCAAAGAUUUUUAUAACCAAAAUAAUAAAUCUCGCUGCGCUACUCUCUGAAUCUUUGUGAAAAGCAUUUCAUUAUAGGUCAGGAACUUCCAGGAGCCUUUUAAGACUGUUAAGGACUGUUAAAGACAAUGAUGAUGACCUCAAAGCUGAUAUACUGAAUGAAUUAACCUCUCUGAGUACAAAGGUAAGUUCGAGAUAAGAGAAAAGAUUGUUUUUCCAAGGAGAGGCGAACGAGUUCGUCCAAAAGGUGAACUAAAAAAUACCUAAAACAAUAACCGUCAAUUACGGGAUGCAAGUAGGUUUCUAUAGGAUUUAACUUCAUCGCUUAGAAAACAGUACAUAUCGACUCUCAGUAUGAACGGCUUGCAUGCCUUGUGGAUCAUAAAACAAGUACACUACAAGUGAAAAAGAAAUUAUAUAGUUUAGCCAGUUUGUCUCACUAGAAACACAUUUCCAAGUGCAUGUUAGCAAAAGAAAAUCCCUGGCUUUAGAGAGGAUGUCUGAGAGAUACGUUCAAAAGAAAACCUUUUUUGUUGCAGAAUUGAAGGCUCAAAUCUCUUGUUUUUCAGAAGCAUCAUAUUUACACAGGAAAUACUGGACGCCAUAGCAGCCAUCAUCAAGUCUGUGGUAAUCUUUUAAGGAAUCGAAAUUAAGUACGUGUCAAGCAGAGGUAUGUCAGUCUAAUAUAGAAAACGAUAAGCGACUCCACUUGAAAAUUGAAUGGAAAGGUCUGAUGAAAUCAAGUGUUCAAUGGAAUUCAUGAGCCCGGCCUUAGCUAAACAGGCGCGCGAUGAACAACAAUGGCAAACUUAGAAAACGACAAAAGGUGAACUUAAAGUAUUUGAACAAUUUAGACUGGCAUUUGUUACUUGGUUAAGUGAAAAAUUGUUACAUAAUCCUCCAAAUUAGGGGGAGGGUGGAAGGACGCAGACCUCCUCUUUCAAUUAUAGUCCUUUUUGCAUACUUUUCCAAAUGUUUGCCGCAGAUUCCUCGUUAUAAAUUAACUGCCUGUUUUCUCAGAAAAAGUUUAAAAUAAAACGUUGACCAUCGGUUGCUCUUAAUACCGUAUAAGCUGAAGAGGGAGUUUUCGUGAAAAAUCUUCUCUCUCUCUCUUUUUUAAAAUUUACCUAGCUGUAGACAAACGCUACCAAAAGCAGCAAAAUUUUUAAUUUUUUUCACUUUUAAAAAGGUUUAUACAGCUGUUUAGUAAUUUCGAUUUUUCAAAGCAUUCAAAUAAUUAGAACAAGGAAAAAACAAGUUGCAGUUGAUUCCGCUAUUCAUAGAAAGAUAAGCUGCGGCGUGAAUUUUUUCGAAGACAGUUUAAGUAAGCCUUUCGUCAAAAGGAUAAAAAAUAGAAGUUGAAAGCCUCGGCAAGUUACUAAAGUCUCCUUUUUCUUUUUUAUUUCUAAUUUUUGCACAAUUAGCUCAGAGCAUUCUACGCCGCUGCACGAAUUUUCAAGAAUCAAUUAGGAAAAAAAUACAAUUCGCCCUAAAAUGCGCCCAAAAUUAUACUUGUCUGUCGCUGAUUACUAUUCAUGAGGUCAUGACUGUUUAAAACCAUCUCUUGACUUGAGGAGACGCAGUUUUAUACCUGUUCAUUUUAAACGCAGAAUUUUCAAUGAUAUCUCGGUAUGAGCGUCAAGGGCUGCGGAGAGGGGCAGUGGUGGAUGGGCGUAUGCCUGCCCCGCGCACCUCGCCCGCCCCUUCUACAACAAAUGAUUUCUCAUCAUUUUUCCAAAAGCGUGUCGUUGCAAAUACAGUUGAAGAGUAGAAUGUAGAAUUUUCCUUCAUAUAUACUAAGGUACAUGCAUUAACAUAGGGAAGGUACAUGCAAUAAUUACUGGUCAUGAACAUAUAUAUAUCUUAGCUUAAUAAACAAGGAGUUUUCUGUACUCUACUCCUUCAGCUGGCUUUAUCGCGUAGGCGUCAAAAUCGUGAAACAGCGUGUCCUUUGGUCCUUCAUGUACGUAUGCAAUUCACUAAAUGUUAUCCGUUCAUCAAGAGCCAUCAUGACUCUUGGUUCAUAUCAUUAAAAUCCCCACCUUUAUUCCCAUUAGGUUUCCUACAGCACAGACUCGGUAUAUUUUUGGGUGAAAAUCGUCAAAAAUCUAAGCCGAAAAAUUCGAUGCCAGGUGGCGAUGAUAUUUUUGGCGUGGCUUUUUUCAUGAACUGGGCUAAUUGUGCCCGAUUUACUAUUUUCCUAUGACUGAUAUCAAUUUGGUCCUGAAAUGCUAAUAACAGCCAUAAGCAGCCGUUAGAUUAGUUUUUUGUUACGGAGCCGAAAGCUAAGAAAAAAGGCGCAGUUUCUUAGCAGGAGUAGAUUACGAGAAUCUGAGGGGGGUCGAGUGAAAAUCCAACCCCCUCCCCCUGAGACUUUCACAGUUUAAUUAUUUUUUGGAUAGCGCAAGUUGCUAGAGGAUUAUCUAAACAACAUAGAAUGUAGGUAGGCGGUAUCAACGCUAGUAAGCCUGUGAACAGGUCCUGCCGCCAUUCUAGAUUUUUACUGCAAAUGCAGAUUUUUUUAAAAAAAAAUGAUAAGCCAACAUUUUGCUGCUUUUGGAAGCGUUUUGUACGUCUUGAGCAUUCAUUCAGGAGGACCUUCGUUGUUUAAAGUGAUUUGCACCAGGAAAGAAAGAUCGACAUUGUUCAAAAAUCUAGGUUGAAAAACUUGAGCAGUUUACCAAGAACUUCUUGUAAAAUCAAACGAAUAAAAAAAUUUUACAACAGGUUUCCUAACUAGCUAAAUGCAAAGAAAGUAAAUAUGCUUAUUCCCAGGCUUUUGCGGGAUUUAAUGACGUCGAAGGGCAAUAGCAAACCGCGGAGAAUUAAAUCAGCGCGCGGCUCUUGAUUCAACUCUCCAUACCGAACCAAAUCAGCUUUACUCGCGCCAGAUCAGACAAUCUAUGCGGAAUUCCUAAUACUGGACUUCAUAUGGGCCUCCGCCGAGGCCUUGCUUGUGUUACUAAUUUUCCUUCUCAGAGUUAUUUCAUUUAGGUCCCAGGGAUCUGAAGACAGUCGUCGCAGCCAUCUUUACCUGUCUGGCAAAAUCGUUUCGCGAUAUAUCAAUCUCAAUCCAGAGGUA